UACACCGAUAGUUGUGAUUUUCACCCCCGUUUGGUUUUUAUAAGGAAAACUGUACAGGAUGGCUUUCUUUGGGAUAACAAACCUGGGGUAUCAAAAUCCCAUAGGGGAUCAAAUGAUAACCCCCAGAGGAGCGCCGUGCACACAAGGUGGCAGGACUAAUCCCCAACAUGAGGGCUCACGGCUGGCCUCACCUCACCCCAGGUGCACUGACACCCAGCAUUUCUCCCACAGCAGGGACACCAACCUUGGAAGGCAGGAACAGUACAGAGAGAUGGUCAAACGGAUUCAGAUACCGACAUACCCCAAUCAGCUGUACCGCGUGCCUCUGACGGACAACCAGCGAUACGGCUGGUCGGUAACCAAGACUGAGGGCCCUGAACCCUGGACCCAAAUGAAACGUUUUCCCCGUCAGAACAGUGAAAUGACCAAUUUUGUCAAAGCCAUGAUGCUGACGGACCCCGACUUCAGUCUGUUUUGAGGCUUGUCCUGAACCAUACGAGCAUUGUCUGCAAUGCCAUUCUCUUAGAUCAAAUAGGGCUCUCUCUGCAUAUAAAGGUGAAGGUUUGAAAACGUUCAGGUUCCUUGUAUGAUUACCAUGAGAUAUUCAUGCUUCAAAUUUGGUAUAUUCUCUUUGCAUAGACUUAUCUUUAACCGAGGCCCUGCAUAAUGAAUCCAUCUAUACUAGGCUAAAAUAAGCUAAAUUGAAGAUAGGUCUAUACAUUGGACCAUGAGUCCUUGUGACCGUAUUGUGUCGUAGAAGCCAUCAGAAUAGAAGCCUUCAAAUCACAACAAACAAUCCAAACUGCCAUUGAAUUAUUUUUUAUUAAUUUUCUCUUCAAGGGGAUUUUAUUUUCUCUUUGUCAUAUAGUCCUCAACUCUCUCUGUGUCCUCCCCGUUUAAACACCUUCAACUCAGCAAAAUACAAAGAAAACAAAAAACAAAUACGGAAGGAUUUAUUAGGCCUGAGCAAAAACACUGUUUUCAGUAGAAUGGACCUUCAGCCACCGUCCCCUACCUUCCUCCCCAAGACAUCCCAAGAGUUAACAAUCAACACAAGUCUAUGAACAGCCAAUAGAAAUAGAAUACAUACAAUGCACAUUUCAAGAAACCCAAGUCCGCUUUAUAAAUCUGUUUGCCCCAUAUAAAUCUCUGUUCGUUGGUCACAGCACACUUGGUGUUUUGUUACCACCAUACUCCAAAUGUCUCCCGGUAUCCCCUCAACGUGUCCAAAAGGCCGACUAUCAUUGCACAGAAGGGCCUUACAGUACAGGGCUGCAUGAGCUGGCUUUGGUCCAAACAUGAUCAACUGUUGGUUACCAGUUUAAAACAGGUGGAAGAGCAAUUUCUGGGUGACUUCUCGAAAAGUAAGAAUGACCCGAUAAUGUUUUUUAUUAUUAUUAUUUUAAAAUGCCUCCAACCAAUAAGACUACGUUAUUAUUAUUAUUAUUCUCAUGAGAAUAUUUACUGAAAGAUUAUUUGGACAAACUUGUUCUCUCCAUAUACCAGAAGUACAUAUAGGCUAUGCAGGCACAGUUGCUGUUCAGUGUUCUCCUACAAUUGGUUUUGAUAUUAACUUAAGGCAAUACAACUUAGCAAUAUGUUUUGUGAUUUUUUUCAAGUUUCCCUGAAAGACAAAUUUGGGGACAAACAUAAAUGAGUUAUAUCUAUGUUAUAUAUGUUAUUUCGACAUGUCUGCCUCUCUCUACAUAAAUACUGCAUGUGUGGUCAUGUACUGCCAUUUGGAAACGCUAAUUAAUUAUACAAGGUUUAAGGCAUGGGAGGGAGAGGUCAACUUUACGCCUGACGGAGAAUACAAUACUGCAAAAAGUGUUAGAAAUGAAAAUAAAAAGGUACAGUGAAUCACAUGCA